AUGUGUCUUGGUUCAUUUUGUUUGAUCCUGAUCUCUUCAGGUGAGUUUCUCAAAACUUUUUUUCCCCUUCAUUACAUGAUAUUUAGGAUUUGUGUGGUUGUUCCAACUCUGUGGCUUGGAUCAUUUGUGUCCAACCGCAAGGAUGUUAAAGGGAUUAUGAACACAUUGCAGUUAAUUAGAGAGGAAGUUAUAAAGGACGGUAACAAUAAGGACGAAGAGACGAUUUCUAGGUCAUUUUUGUUGUUUUUCUUAGAUUUCAAUGUAUUUAGGCCCUGUGUGCAUGAAUCUCUUGACUUCCCCCUCUCUCUCAAGGGCAUUGUGUAUGUGAAUAGAUCGAUUGGAAAGCGAGAAAUGUGA